GCGGAGCUUUCUUGAGUGACAUCUGCUCGGAGAGCCAAUGGCUGUUCGCUGCGCUCCUGCUUGCUGCGCCUGCGCUCUUGCCUUCGGGGGCGGGUCGCUGGGCCCCUGCGGUGGACAGACCGGUCUUUGCAGAGCAGGUUGUCAGAGUACAAGUCUUCCAAGAAGAUGGAGAGUUGCUCCCUUAAUAACUUGUGGAUCUGGGAUGGAAAGAAUACUUUUGGAGAAAGGGUUAGGUGUAUGAAAGACAGAGAAUAUGAAACUUCUCUCACCCAACUGUGAACAUGAAGUGGCUUUCCACAGAUCUCUUUUCAGAGGAAAAUCCCUCUUGGAGCACUUUGAUCCCUUGGAGUGUUAUGGCACCUGGACGGGAUGGAGGUGAGCUGGUACCUUCAGUCAUCUGGGAGUAAAUAUUUGAAACUGGUGCCUGGUCAAGCAGCGCUUCCUUCCUGGCGUGGUUGCGGAUUUGGGGCGGUGAGCUGCAAGCUGCCCACCUUUCUGCACAGGACUUUGCAUUCCACACUUGGAAUUGGCUCCACUGGGUGCUGUUUACCUGGGCACACUCUACAAGAGCUCUCCAGCAAGCAACCACUAGGAUAAUCUCAUAAAUCGUUAUUGGGAAGAAGACAGAAGCUGUGAUUUUCAUAAUUAAGAAAAAGAAAAAAAGGGAUGGAAACGCAGAUCUGAAGUAGAUAAGUCACACAAUCGAGCUCUUGGUUGGAUGUGGAAAGCCUCGAUUCCAUGCAGCUGCGUCUCGUUUGAAUCACUCCCACUCCGGCAGGGGCUGUGGGCUGUGACUUGCUGUUUCCUGCCACAUCCAGCUGUGAGCCAGGCUUCGAGUGGCCGCCUCUACAUACCACUUUCGUGAGCCCUGGAGGACCCCACAGUCAGGUGCAGAAAUGUCCGUGGUGUGUCUGACAGACUUUGAGGCCCUCGCGCGCGAGCGUCUGUCCAAGUCAACUUGGGAUUAUAUCGAAGGAGGAGCUGGUGAAGGUUUCACCCGGGACGACAACAUCGCAGCAUUUAAAAAAAUCCGCCUCCGGCCCCGGUACCUGAAAGAUGUGUCGCAGGUGGACACCCGGACCACAAUCCAAGGGGAGGAGAUCAGUGCCCCCAUUUGCAUUGCGCCCACGGGUUUCCACUGCCUGGCCUGGCCCGAUGGAGAGACCAGCACAGCCAGAGCUGCCCAAGCAGCCGGCAUCUGCUACAUCACCAGCACAUAUGCCAGCUGUACCCUGGAAGACAUCGUUGCCGCGGCCCCCAGAGGCUUCCGGUGGUUCCAGCUCUACGUGCAGCCAGAUCGGCAGCUAAACAAACAGCUGGUCCAGAGGGUAGAAUCCUUGGGGUUCAGAGCCCUGGUGAUCACCGUGGAUGUGCCCAAACUUGGCAACAGGCGACAUGACAUUCGCAACCAACUGAACUUGAAGACAAAUUUACUGCUAAAGGAUCUUCGGUCACCUCAGGAGAGAAAUUCAAUGCCAUAUCUGCAGAUGUCUCCCAUCGACUCAUCCUUCUGCUGGGAAGAUCUCUCGUGGUUUCGGACCAUAACUCAACUGCCCAUCAUCCUUAAAGGGAUCCUGACAAAAGAGGAUGCAGAGUUAGCUGUGAAGCACAAUGUGCAGGGCAUCAUUGUUUCCAACCACGGAGGGAGGCAACUUGAUGACGUUCCUGCUUCUGUGGACGCCCUGCCGGAAGUGGUGGCUGCCGUGAAAGGGAAACUGGAGGUGUACCUAGACGGUGGAGUCCGGACAGGCAACGAUGUGCUCAAGGCUCUGGCCCUGGGGGCGAAGUGCGUCUUCCUGGGGAGACCAGUCCUGUGGGGUCUUGCCUGCAAGGGUGAACAUGGUGUUGGGGAAGUUUUGAACAUUUUAAAGGAUGAGUUCCACACGUCCAUGGCCCUUACAGGCUGCCGGUCGGUUGCUGAGAUCAAUCAGGACCUGAUCCAGUUCUCCAGGUUGUAAAGAAAGAGCUGGGGACAGGAUUGCCGAGGUGGCCCACGGGAAGACCAAGCCAGAGCCUGUGUGUGACACCAUCCUGCCCAGGACUCAAUCCUCCUGUCCAGCGGCUCAACCACUUCACCCCACACUUACCCUCAUCUGCCUCAAAUGUGUCAGGCCCUCCUCUGUCUCACUGCUUUUUAUAUGCUGUUCUCUCGCCUGAAAGCCCCCUCUGAAAGAAAAGGGCGGGUCAAUGAUGACUGACUAGUGGAUGAAAUUCUUGCAUAUCCUCUACAUCUCUAUGAAACAUCUAUGGGCAUCUGCAUUCUGGACAGAAGAGCAAUACAUAUAAAGUCACCCCCCAACAAAAAUCAUCCUCCUGUCUAAAGAUAAUAGGGAAAUAAUAGAGUUUAAAACAUAGGCUGUGGAGUCAUGCAAACAAGGGAUUAACAGUCAGGGCUGCUCCUGACAAGCUGGGUGCCUGGGGGAAGUUUUUCAAUAUCUCAGUGUUUUCUUGGCCUCCUCCCCGGGCCUCAUCCCCCAUCACCCAUUAGGAUGCAGCAUCACAUACAGUGGGGCGUGGUGCACUUCCUAGAACUUCGUUCCCUGGAAUUUUACUUCUAGAUCUCAGAACUCUGCCUCAGACACCAUUUGUGUCACGUCCACAACUUUGGUCUCAUUAUUCUCUUCACAUCAGAAAUAAGAAAAUACCUCAAGCCCUAACUGAAUUGGCUCAGCGGAUAGAGCGUCGGCCUGCGGACUGAAGGGUCCCAGGUUCAAUUCCGGUCAAGGGCAUGUACCUUGGU